UGAGACAACAUCACUUGCAGCAACCGGAAGGAAAAACACGCACAAACCCUGUUCACAGUCUAUGUGUGUGGUUGCUCAGUAGGGAAAUGCUUGCAGCUGCCUUUAGAAGCGAAUCUGGUGGCCGGGGCAAGAUACAAGCAUCGGGAUGAGGCAGCACUGAGCUCCCAGCUCCCACCUGCCUGACUGGGGAGAGGGAGAGAAUACCAGUGAGACCAGACGAUCCAGCAGCAGUGGCUCUGCCCUGGAUUCAAGAAGCUGUGAAUUCCAUAAUGUCACACACUGGCAUGAGAAUAUCGUGUAUUCUUUAAACAGAGUUAUGAAAAGAAAGAAGCUGGUCAGGAGACUAAAACAGGAAUUGUCCUUUUCAAGAUCCGGAACUCCAACAUUCCUUGGCUUCACGGAGAGAAGCACCUGCGAAAAUGUGGGCAAGGAAUCUCAUGGCAAGGGCCUUGUAUGACAACGUCCCGGAGUGUGCCGAGGAGCUGGCCUUCCGCAAGGGAGAUAUCCUGACUGUCAUAGAACAGAACACAGGAGGACUGGAAGGGUGGUGGCUCUGCUCCUUACAUGGUCGACAAGGCAUUGUCCCCGGCAACCGGGUGAAGCUUCUGAUCGGCCCCAUUCAGGAGACCCCCUCCAGUCAGGACCAGCCUACUUCUGGACUCACGCACCAGACCUUUGGCCAACAGAAGCUCUAUCAAGCGCCAAACCCACAUGGCGGCCCUCGAGACACAAUCUACCAAGUGCCACCUUCCUACCAACAUCAGGGGAUUUACCAAGUCCCCACUAGCCAUGGUACCCAGGAACAGGAUGUGUAUCAAUUACCAUCAUCAGUGCAGAGAAGCGUUGGGGGGGCUAACGGCCCCCACUUAAGCAAAAAGGUGAUAACCCCCGUGAGAACAGGACAAGGCUACGUGUAUGAGUACCCGUCCAGAUACCAAAAGGAUAUCUACGACAUCCCUCCUUCCCACACCACUCAAGGGGUAUAUGACAUCCCUCCAUCAUCAGUCAAAGUCCCUGUGUUUUCAGUGCCAGUGGGAGAAAUAAAACCUCAAGGAGUCUAUGACAUCCCUCCUACAAAAGGGGUAUAUGCCAUUUCACCCGCUACUUGCCGAGACGAGGCAGGGCUGAGGGAAAAAGAGUAUGAUUUCCCCCCUCCGGUGAGGCAAUCGGGAAGGCUGGACGUCAGACCAGAGGGCGUUUAUGACAUCCCCCCAGCCAGCACCAAGCCAGUGGGGAAGGACCUUCGCAUAAAAUAUAACUGUGAUGCUCCGGGAGCCGCUGAACUGGCCACACGAAGACACCAAAGCGUUUCGGUGAACCACCCACAGCUGGGACAGUCACUGGGCGCCCAGAACGAUGCAUAUGAUGUCCCCCGAGGGGUUCAGUUUCUGGAGCCAGCGGCAGAAAGCGGUGAGAAAGCAAACCCCGAAGAAAGAGACGGCGUGUACGACGUCCCUCUGCACAACCCACCAGAUGUCAAAGCCUCGCAGGACGUGGUGGACAGUAUCAACCGGUUAUCUUUCUCCAGCACGGGCAGCACCAGGAGUAACAUGUCCACGUCUUCGACCACCUCCAAGGACUCCUCGCUGUCAGCCUCCCCGUCUCAGGACAAAAGGCUCUUACUGGAUCCAGACACAGCCAUCGAGCGACUUCACCGGCUCCAGCAGACCCUGGAGACGGGCGUCGCCAGCCUCAUGGCGCUGGUCACCACAGACUGGCGGUGUUACGGAUACAUGGAACGACACGUCAACGAGAUCCGCACCGCGGUGGACAAGGUGGAGCUGUUCGUGAGGGACUACCUCCAUUUUGCCAAGGGAGCUGUAGCAAACGCUUCCUGCCUCCCCGAACUCGUCCUCCAUAACAAAAUGAAGCGGGAGCUCCAAAGAGUGGAAGACUCCCACCAGAUUCUGAGCCAGACCAGCCAUGACUUAAACGAGCACAGCUGGUCCCUGAACAUUCUGGCCAUCAACAAGCCCCAGAACAAGUGCGAUGAUCUGGACCGGUUUGUGAUGGUGGCGAAGACAGUGCCCGACGAUGCCAAGCAGCUCACCACAACCAUCAACACCAACGCGGAGGCCCUCUUUAGACCAGGCGCGGGCAGCUCGCACGUGAAGAGUGGGUCUGGGAACAUCAUGAACUCCGCUGAGUACCCACACGCUGCGUCCCAGAUGCAGCUGCUGCAUCCCGGGGACCACAAGGCCCAAGCCCUCACCAAGCCAUUGCCCCCGAGCCUAGGCAAGGACCAGCCUCCUGACUGUAGCAGCAGCGAUGGGUCUGAAAGGAGCUGGAUGGAUGAUUAUGAUUACGUCCACCUACAGGGCAAGGAGGAGUUUGAGAGGCAACAGAAAGAGCUGCUGGAAAAGGAAAAUAUCAUCAAACAGAACAAGAUGCAGCUGGAACAUCAUCAGCUAAGUCAGUUCCAGCUGCUGGAACAGGAAAUUACCAAGCCCGUGGAGAACGACAUCUCCAAGUGGAAGCCCUCUCAGAGCCUCCCGACCACAAACAGCAGCGUGGGCUCUCAGGAUAGGCAGCUGCUCUACUUCUACUAUGACCAGUGUGAGACCCAUUACAUCUCCCUCCUCAAUGCCAUCGACGCCCUCUUCAGCUGUGUCAGCUCCGCGCAGCCCCCGCGCAUCUUCGUGGCCCACAGCAAGUUUGUCAUCCUGAGCGCACACAAACUGGUGUUCAUUGGGGACACGCUGACGAGGCAGGUGGCCACCCAGGACAUUCGCCACAAAGUGAUGAACUCCAGCAACCAGCUCUGCGAACAGCUCAAGACUAUAGUGAUGGCGACCAAGAUGGCCGCCCUCCAUUACCCCAGCACCACGGCCCUGCAGGAGAUGGUGCACCAUGUGACAGACCUGUCCAGGAACGCCCAGCUCUUCAAGCGCUCUUUGCUGGAGAUGGCAACCUUCUGAGAAGGGCAGGAAGAAGGGGGAGCUGAGCGCGCCACCAAGGAAAACUGGAAAUGCUAUCUGGUUUUUGUAAAUGUUAUCUAUUUUUGUAGAUAAUUUUAUAUGAAAAUGAAAUAUUUUAACAUUUGAUGGGGUUAGAUGACAUUCAGAAAUUCAGGGAGCUCGAGGGGGAAUUUUUUUUUUUUUCCUGUGUGGUUCUUAUGUAAACACGUAAGCAUCUAAGGCAUCAGCUGUACAGAAAUGUGUCCAUGUGCGUGUGUAUGCCUGUGUAUGCACGUUCGUUUGUAGACGUCUGUCCGAGACAUUCCAUUAGAAAACAUGAAUUAAGAAGCACCUUAGUAACCACCUCCUAAUGCUGCAUUUUUUUCUUUUUUUCUUUUUUUUUUUUUUUAGAAAACAUACCAGCUAGUUGUAAUAUUGCUAUAUGUAUACUAGCAAUUAUCCUGAGCCUGUCACUUCCAAGUCUGGGAAGCACGUAUACAUGCAAAUGUUCACCUUCCAAUAAUGAGGCAUGAUGUGACUUGUUCUUGUUUUGAGGCCCCUUUCAAAGUUGACCUUCUCGGGCACAUUGUGGCAAAAUGCCGCACUUCUGAGGGAGGAAGCCCUGUUAGAAGUUUCAGGAAGUGUAUGUUGAUUCAAGCACCGAUAUUUUAGAAGUAUUUCAAGGCCAUAUCCCCAGUUGGGGCUGGGUUGUUUCAAAACAGAGAGGACAUCACAAUAAAAGGAGAGCACAUGUUUCCCCGGGGCUUUUUGAUCAUCUGCGUUUAUGAGUGAUUUGGCCAUGAGGCUUUCCAGAGGGUGUUUUAAAUUUGCAAAGACCAGAUUAUUUGCAGCAGGAAUUCAUAAAGACAUAUCAGACUACGAUUGUCCACAAAAAGAAGGGAUGGUUCCGUUCUGUCAGGUUUAAGUAGAGGCCUUUUUGGACUCUCAACAUUCACUUGGGUGCUACCACCGUCAGUACCUGAGGGAAACUGACCAGUUUCUUAGUCACUUAAAGGUUAAGAGCCUCCAGGCCACAUCCUACUCUAUGAGAAUCCAUUGCUUGAUCUCGCACCCUUCUUCAAACAUGCAGCUGCUGACCCAACACUGAGCCCAUCGAGUCUUUACAAUUCUGUCUGGCCCACGGCCCUGUGUAAACAGCCCAUUGCCAUCUCACAGCUCAGCAAAGUCCGUCCCCCUUAAACCUGAUGGUGUUGGCACAGUACAGACACAACACAAGCCAUCAGAUUCAUCUUGGGGCAGAUGAGACCUUUCCUACCCAAUGGGUAAAGGUAUUCUCACAUUACCAAGUCAGGAAGCAUGUUAUCUAUAGGCUUUUGGUCCCGUUCUUAUUUAAUGGUUCUAGUCUAGCCUAUUGGAAAACGUUUUUAUUUUGCAAUAUAUGCCUUGACUUAAUUAAGCUUGCUUGUUUUAAAAGCCAAAUCAUUGGAACAGGAAGGGAUUUAAGAGAGAAGAAUGUGCGAUCUAAGUGUGAUGGAAAAAAAAAAAAAAUCAGUGAAACAUCAUAGAAGGUGCUUUUGAAAACAGCCGUAAUUGUAGCUCUCCAAGUUCUCUGUCAAAAGAUGAUUACAAGUUGUAUGGUUAUAUGACAAGUAAGUUUGUAGGGAGGAAGGAGACUGCUGAAAAUCAACUAAGCAGGAGUUCAAAAGUGUCCCUAUAGAUUCCAUUGUAUAAUAAUGUGUAUUUCUUAGGAGAUGACAGACUUGUUCUAAGCUACAUGGUGACAUUUCACGUUUUCGAAACCAAAACAUUCAGUCUGUAUUACUCUUUCCCAUCUUGUAUGUAAAGGUUAUUUUUAAAACAUUAAAUUUUUAGAUCUCGAUUUCCAAAGGCACUGGGCUUUCUUUUCCAUAUUUCUCUUUGUCACAGAGCAAUACUAGAGAUCUGGAUUUUUUUAGGAGAAUUGAGAGUUGUGUAUUCUUUCACUUGGUGUCACUUCAGAGUGUAUUUACAUAUGAAGAAAAUUCUGCAAUCUGUGGACAUUGCCAAACCCAAAUAUCUGGAACAAGGCUUGGCUUCCCCAGAAAGCCUGUCCAUUUAAAUCAUGGGUACGAUGAUUUCUACCAUCAUAAUACGGAUGAUACCAUUUGUGAGGUUUUAGAAUCAAAGAGAGUUGCUUAAUUCAUUUUGGAAGAGACAUAAAGAAACAGUUAAAAGAAAA